GCAGCAGUUUGAAUUUCUUGGCACCUUGGAGGUCCACGCGCUGGCAGCCGAGGUUCAGUUGAUCGACGACUUUUAUUGGAUAAGCAGCGUUUUCCAGCGAGCUCCCGAGCAGCGCCCGCCGUUUUUUUUCUUGAGAAGAUCCCAUUGAGUGAAGAAGAAGGACCCUCACUGUGGGGAAGAUAGUGAUUGGUGCUUUUUCUGUGCUUCUGAUCGGUGUGUGAUUGACAAAUUUUUCGAUUUGGGGAUGUGGUGUGACUAAUUGGAAGGAAUUCGACUGGAAAGUGCACUUUACGAUCGCUGGAUCAGUGUGGAAGAAUACGAAAAGCGGAAGAUCUACGGUGUACGAUUCUGUCCAGGGUGUGAGACCUGAAGGAAGGUGUGCCCUCAGGGGGCUAUUUCUGAGGAAUUGAUCUACAGUGAAGGGUGGUGAAAUUGUUGUUGCCGUUGCCUCGAUCGCGUAGAAAAGUGAAUGUAGCUCUACGAGACCAGUUCAGAGUGGCGACCUUUUACUGCUGAUAGCGCGCGAUCGUACAGUUGUUGCAUAUUCCCGACAGUUUCGUAAUAACAGCAGCUCGACUUGGGCAAGUGAAUGGAACAGUGACAGUGCGCGAUUACGAAAGGGUUUCGAAAAGCCGAUCACCGACAAGGAUAUCGAUUACUGCUAUUGCUGAAUUGAUCGAAGCCGUUGAAGCUGAAGUUCUGCUGAAAAGUUCGCGAAAAGCUGGUGGAUUCCGGGCAAUUCUCAAAUACAAAUCAAUCACCGUGUGAGCCGUGCAGCUGCUGAAAGGCACCCGACAGUGUGAUUAGAAUUUCAAGUGCCAUCCACCCACCAGUCGAUCGCCCAUUCCAUUCUGUGCAAAGAAUAGAAUUGUUCUCUUUUGGGAACGGAAUUCUGCCCCAAAGUGUGCCCCAAAGUGGCGGGCUGAUGCACAUCCGGCCCUUUCGAUGAUCAACGACGACGACACUGGUACUGUUAACCCUUAGAUCGCGUGCCCGCGAAGAAACCGUUAGAGACACCCCACUAAAAAGGCUGGAAGCCUGUUCUUCCGAGGAAAUUAUUACUUAUUGUGUCCGUCCGAGGAGUGGUUUACGACGACGACGAAAAGAGAACUGUUUAUCCAAUAGAAAGAAGUGCGGCGACGCAAACUCAGUGGGAGUGGGAGCAGCAGAAGGAGCAGCUGGUCAGGCAGCAGGGGAGAGAGGAGCCUAGUUCAUAGGCAAGCAGCAAAAUUACACCGAGCAGCAAUUAGAAAGACGCAACAAUGUUUCCGCUUCAACGAGGAGCGGCAACAUGGUUAUUUCUCGUGCUCGCCACAACACUAACGGUGCUGACUGCUAGGACAGCCGCGGCCGCCGAGAACAACCAACGAGUGGUAUGCUACUACACGAACUGGUCGGUCUACCGACCGGGCACAGCCAAAUUCAACCCGCAGAACAUCAACCCCUAUCUGUGUACCCAUCUGAUCUACUCGUUCGGCGGUUUCACCAAGGAGAAUGCCCUCAAGCCGUACGACAAGUACCAGGACAUCGAGCAGGGUGGCUUCGCCAAGUUCACCGGCCUGAAGACGUACAACAAGAACCUCAAGACGAUGCUGGCCAUCGGCGGUUGGAACGAAGGUUCCUCACGGUUCUCACCUCUGGUAGCCGACUCGGAGCGUCGAUCGCAGUUUGUCAAGAAUGCCAUCAAAUUCCUUCGGCAGAACCACUUUGACGGGUUGGACCUGGACUGGGAGUACCCGGCGUUCCGCGAUGGAUCGAAACCAAAGGAUCGGGAAAACUAUGCCCAACUGGUUCAGGAACUGCGUGAGGAGUUCGAAAGGGAAUCCAGUAAAACCGGGCGACCGAGGUUGCUGCUGACGAUGGCCGUGCCGGCCGGUAUCGAGUACAUCGAGAAGGGUUACGAUGUGGCUAAGCUGAACAAGUACCUGGAUUGGUUCAACCUGUUGACGUACGAUUAUCACAGUGCGUACGAGCCGGCCGUCAACCACCACUCGCCGCUGUACUCGCUGGAGGAACCGUCCGAGUACAACUUCGAUUCCGAGCUGAACAUUGACUACAGUAUCAAGUUCUACCUGAACGCCGGUGCUGAUCGGGACAAGCUCGUGCUGGGUAUCCCCACCUAUGGCCGUUCGUACACGCUCUACAACCCGGAUGCCACCGAGAUUGGAUCGCCUGCCGACGGACCCGGAGAACAGGGUGAUGCCACUCGCGAGAAAGGCUACCUGGCGUACUACGAAAUCUGUACCGCAGUGAAGGAAGACCCCGAGUGGACCGUUGUGCAGCCGAAUCCGAGCGCUAUGGGCCCGUACGCUUUCAAGGGUAACCAGUGGGUAGGAUAUGACGAUGAGGCGAUUGCCCGGAAGAAGGCCAAAUACGUGGCGGAGAACGGACUGGGAGGUAUUAUGUUCUGGUCGAUCGACAACGACGAUUUCCGCGGAACGUGCCAUGGAAAACCAUAUCCGAUCAUCGAAGCCGCCAAGGAGACGCUGCUCGCCAGCACGGAUAUUGGUGCCAACGACAUUGCCGCCCCUAGCCGUCCGAGGAAGCCGUCGAGGUCCCGCAGCCGACCAGGAACUACCAGCCGGAACCGCUUGACCACCGAUAACAACAACGAGAUCAAGUCAUCGUUCAAGAACUCCCAGAGCAGGAAGAACAGCCGCCCGGCACCGCGAACAACGACUACAACCACUAGCACCACCACGACCGAGGGUUCACUGUACAUCGGAGGACGUACCACAACGCCACAGCCACCGACUACUCCAGAUCCAGGCGCAGACUUCAAAUGUACCGAUGAGGGUUUCUUCCCGCAUCCACGCGACUGCAAGAAGUACUUCUGGUGUCUGGACGCGCCCGCUCUUGGUCUGGUAGCUCAUCAGUUCACCUGCCCGUCCGGACUGGUGUUCAACAAGCUGGCCGAUUCCUGUGACUACGCACGCAACGUAGUAUGCUCCAAGACCGCUCCGACGACAACCACCACCUCAACGUCCACCACGACAUCCACCACUACCACAACGACGCCAGCCCCAAGGAACCGCGUCACCGUUUCCACCACUCGAAACAACUUCUUCAACCGUGCUCUGACUACAACGACCACCACGGAGCCACCGAUCGAGAUCGACUACUCCGACGAGGAAGAGGACGAGGUUCAGCCCGAGGAAGACCCGAAGGUGAUCAAGGAGCUGAUUGCGCUGAUCAAGAAGGUCGGAGGCAUUGAGGAACUGGAACGCCAGCUGCAAGCCCAAGAAGAUGGAUCGAUUGUGCUGAAGGAUGAGAAGACAGAUCAAAUCUCGACGACGCAGUCCACGAUCAGUAAGAGCUUGUACGAACGCGUGUUGAGCCGAGCCGGCAACGGUCUGCAGAAGUUCCGACCGGCGUUGACGUUCACGCAAACGGACAAGAGCGGUUCAACCGAGAACAAGUACUCGUCGGUGGUGAGGAAUACGAACAGCCGAGUGGGGCCUCAGAAUGAAGGAGUCGAAAAGUUGCCAGAAUUUGAAGGAGUGUUCAAGGAACGGCCAAAGUAUGUUACGUUGAACCGGGCACGACCGACCAAGGCCAGCGUGGAAGAGGAUGCGGACGAUAGGUAUGGCGAAGAAUCGUACGAAGAGGAGGAAAAUCAACCGUCGACGUUUGCCACCAAGAGGACAACUGCGAGUCCGAAGUAUGUGAGCAUUCGACGGCAGAGACCGACUACGGCAGCCGAUGUUGAAGUCGAGGAGAACGAAGAAGAGGAGAAUGUCGCGGCGCCAGUGCAACAACAACAACAACAGUACAGUAGUGUGAGUCGGAACCGUUUUAGGCAGACAACUACGGAGGAACCCGUGGAUGAAGUUGAACGAGUGCCAAGCCGGUACAACACGAUCGAACGUCGUCGAGCUACCGCGCAGUACAACCGUCUGCAGGAAGGAGAUAAAGAUGAUGUAGGCACUGAUUCGUCUCUAUUGGUACCUUCUACCGAUUACGAAACAAUUUACACUACAUCGUCCACUACCGAUGCACCAGAACAGUUCAUCACGUACAGUACACGACAGUACGCUAGCGUAGAACGUAGCAGUACGACCGAGGCUACGCCACAGACUGGCGGCCCCAGUGCUACGGAUCUUACGCAAUCCAUUCCAACCACCACCACUACAACAGCAAACGAAUACAAUGUACAGUACUCCAAUACAGACUUACAGACGGAUCAUCCCGAGCGGGACGGUCCGGUAGACACUGUUUCCGAUCUAGAUUUAAGUAGAACGGCCGACUCGGACAGCCUGACGACGGACGACGCGGUGACCGUAGAUUAUAGCAAGAACGAACCGACCUACGAGGUAACCACUUUACUAAACCUAGGUGAGAGUGUUACUGGUAGUAGUGUUAGUGAGUUAGAAACGAGUGAGUUUAGUAGUAGUGUUGGUACUAGUGGUGUUAGCGUUAAUCCUAGGAUUCAGGAAGGCGAGUUGACGACUUCGCAGCCUGCCGUGACGACCAAUGGUUAUGAGGUUCCAACAACUACCGUUAGCCCCGCAACAACAACAACAACCGUUAGCUCCACUAGCGAAAAACUGAUCGGUACUAACGAUGAACAGUCUAACUCGAUUUAUAAAUUCCCAUCAAGAACUAGGAAAACCACCACCACCGCUAGUCCCCUAGAAGUUGUCACUAAUAAGCAAGAGUUCGAAUUAACCCAAACGCAGGCUGCCCCGCGUCCAUUCGGAGGGGCGGUCCGGCGUACACGUCCAACGCGGCGUCCCACGAGCAGUGCAACUACGACAACUACAGCUCCCGAAGAAUUCACUACGCUCCGCUCGGUAAAGGUGAGUUAUGCCAAUAGCCAGAGAUUUGAUCUUUCAGCUAGACGUAGAAGCGGCGUUGCCGGAUCGACCACUGUCCCAGUGAAUGCUGGUAACAACGAGGUAGGUAUUGCUAGCGAUUCCUUGGACAGUGAACCGACUGCUCGCCCGACCCGUACCCGAGGCUUCCGAGGUCGCGUACGGUUCGGAGCUUCUACCGAAUCAAGUUCUGUCCCGACUGAAUCGGCGCCUGUUGCUGCCGAACCUACCCGACGCCGGCCACAACAGUCGUCGGAUUCUUUCGCUCGCAAUCGUUUCUCUUUGAACCGGGCUUCCAGUCGAGCACCGACGGAAGCACCAAGUACCGCAACUGAACGAAUCACCGCCACGGAGCAGCCAGUUGAGCAAUCAACUGCUAGGGCUUCACUCAGGAGGUUGAACUUUAAUCAAUACAGCGGUAGAUCAAGUACCGAACCGACGACAACCACCACAGUCGAACCGGAAAUCGAAACGGAUUCGCCGGUCAUCAACUUGCAGGUCAAAUCGCACACAGGAAUCGACGAAGAUCUGUUCAAAACUCAGGAACGCAUUCUGUUGACGCUGGGAACUGCUUUGCAAUACGGAUUCAGCAAUCGAAACGAGCUCAAUGGUCGUCGGAUUCAGGAAAGUGAGCCGAAGCUAGUCAAAGGAACGGUCGAGAACUCUCCCAUCACGAACGUAGUUCGUGAGAGGCCAACGGUCAAGUCUCGCUCCCAAGAUACCAUUGAUAACCAGCUAGCCGAAGACAUCAAUGAAAUGGCUACGGAACCAGCCUUCGUUUCAACUUCAGAGCGUGCCUCCUCGGCAUACGACAGUACUGUGAGCGACCAGGAACGAACCAAUGACUACACUACCGUGUACAGUGUAAACACGGCCGAAGUGGAAACGACAACACCUGGCCAGCGUAAGUUCUUCACCACUCUUCGUGGACGCGCUUCAUCAGCCACCACUGAGUCCAGCGACACUACGCUGAAGGUUGUUCUCUCAGAGGUAAAUACCAACAAGACAUUCAUCCCAGGAAAAGUACGACCAACACGUCCAGGAAGGUUCCGCACCACAACCGUAGCUGCCUCGUCGGAAACUGUCAACGAAGCUUCCACAUUGCGAUCCAAAUUCCCACCGAGGAAGACAUUUGUAACUCCAAGCACGAACGCCAUCGCCAACGAAGCAGUCGAUAAGCCAUCGCGUAGACCAUCGCCCUUCAUCCGCAGGCAGCGACCAACUCCCGGAGGCACAACGUCAACAGCCGCAGCCACAGCUGAAUCUUCUCCAGACAAUGCGACAGAAAACAGCGAAACAACCGAGAAACCUCCAGGCAUCUCGACAACUGUUAGUAGACGUCGCUUGGGACGCCGAAAGCUCACCACCACUGCCAGUACAUCUGAAAAACCGGUCGUAGAACAAGUCCACCGUGAACGUCCAGCUGGAUUCACCAGGCGUCAACGUCUGCCAUUCGGUCGUUCCACUACGACUACUGCUGAAACGCCCACAGCUGCCCAGCGUACCGGAACAACCACUACCUCCGAGCCCUUCACAGCCGAGCCCACCUAUCCCGACAGCGCCGUUGGAAACUCCGACUUCACCACCGUAAUCUCGGACGUCUCCAAUGAAAUCGAAUCCACGUUCAUCACCAACGAAGUGCUCACCAGUGACAACUUCCUCCGACAGCAACUACCGGAAUCGCAAGAGGCCAACAACUCCGAGGAAACCACCGAACUGCUGUCCACCAUCGUGACCGCCGAGCCAUCAACUGAAACCACCCCAACUCGUCAACAGUCCAAACGCCCCGUCCAACGGUUCAACGACAGCCAGCAAAUCGAGUCGGAAGUGGUCCCCAGCCGUAGUCCAAACCGAACCUUCGGCGGACCCCGUAGGAAGUUCGGUGCAUCAACCACAACCACUACGGAAGCUCCAGAAGUGUCCACCAUCAAGAAGUUCAUCCCAUCGCGACAGAACCGACCUUCGUUCUCGCUAGCACGUGCACGUGCCUCGUCCACUACAGAAAACCCAACCGAGCAAGACCAACCGGAGCAAUCGAUCGCCAGUUCAACGGCCCGAUCAUUCUCGCCGACUCGGCGACGCAAUCAGCUGAACUUUGCUGCCCGCACCUCGACAACCGCUGCCAGUGCCGGAGACGAUACGGAAGCAUCCUCCAGCAGACCACUGACUCCGACGCGUCGACGACCGACAUUCAACACGAGCCGAACGCCGCGACCUCAGUCCUUUGAGGACUCCUUCGACAAGGCUACAGCAGCGCCAGCUGCGGCGAAACCAAGCGCAGGUAGAGUGAGCCGUCCGUCCUCGGCACUGCUUCCAAGAAGGCCGAAUCUGUUCGCCCGCACUACGACCACCACUACGGAAGCGUACACGGAGUUUGAAACUGACGAGAAAACUACGCUGGAAGAGGAAAGCAGUGGAGAGCGGUAUGGACCGAGUACGAGGGGGUACAGUGAGAUUAGGAGACCUUCCUCGUCAGAAGAGAGGGAUGGCGUUACGGGACGGUACAGUGCCGAAGUGGAGGACAGCGAGAACGAGGUGCAGCGACAGGGUAAGAAGUUGUUCGGGCAGCUGGGAAGCGGGAAUAACAAUUUAGACGAUGAGGGUCGAUCGCGGGAACGAGGAUCGGCGGAGGUAGGAGGUUUCAGAAGACCCGGACCAAGAAUUGUGGGAUCAGGAGGACGAGUGCAAGCGGCGAGGAACAAUACCAGGUUUAUUUUCCACAAUAAGGAAGAGGCAUCUUCGACGACAGCAAGGACCAUUACAACGAGAGCUAGAAGGAUAUUUGGAAAUGUGGCAGGAUACAAACCGGGUGGUAAUGGAACCAGCGCUAGUGCUAGCGCUUCUCCAAGUGGCUCCGCAACCACGGCUAAACCAAAACUGACUACUCGAGGAAGACCUGUGUUUGGUAGAGCGCGAUCAACGACCGCUUCAGGAACGUCCGGAGAAGAGAAGGUUGUAUCGCAGCGAGUGAAUGACUCACAGCAAGGAGCGACCACUAGACGAUACCAGCCGAAGAAACCGACACGGAAACCGACGUUCACGACAGUUUCGUUGCCCGUUGGCGGCAGCAGAACUCGGACGAAUUUGUCAAGUUUGUUCAACCGUAACCAGCCAAUAGUACUAACAACCACCGAGCAAAGCUCGGAUCUAAUCCAACCAGAGACGACAAUUCCGAGCGUAGAAUCACAGACUCCGGCGAUACUGUCGGUGCUGCCAAUCGAGCAGAGCGCACCGUCACAGCCAACCACUACACCCUCCACACUCGAUAGCGAGAACGAAAUCGAGAACACCACUUCAUACGAAGAUACAAUCAACACAGUCAGAACUACCACCGAAUACUACACAGCAUCCGAUGAAACUCUCUACACGACACUCAAUACGGCCGACACAAUUUACACCAUUAAUGAUAAUAUCGAUAUUGAUGAUGUCAAUGUAUUGCAGGAACGUAGUAGAACGUCCACCACCACGGUUCGACCAACGACGCUCUACCACGUGUUCUCGAUCGACAAGGAGAGCGAAUCGAUGCCGUCGUCGACAGAGAUUUACCGCACUGAAGAACAGGAGAUCGAACUGCCGUCGACGAACAAGACGGACAAACUGGUCGAGAUCCAUCGAGUGGUGGAGAUCUACACGAAGAAUACCAGCAAUCCGGACGAGAUCCCAGUCAUGCAGAAGCUGGGUGAAAUCAAUCGUAAGAUCAUUAUCCGGCUUGUUGAACCGAAGAACAAGACGGCGGAAACCACCGAGGAGGACAAGGAGAAGAAGAGUCGAACACUGGUGUUCGCCGACAACAUAUUCAACGUCGAAACCUCCACAAUCCCGUUGGAGGGAUUGUUCGAUGGUGAGAAAGACGGAAGAACCGGUCGCACGGAAUUUCAGACGACUGAGUUGAACAUGGAGGAGGAAGUGACCACCGUUGCGCCCCAAGUGGAGAUCGAACGUAUCUCUAGUGUAGACUUUGGAUCAACGGAAAAGGAACAGGAGGAACUGGUUACCAUUACGCCUCUGAUCGCCGAAACGGAACGCUACACUCAGGUAACUACUUCUCCGCUCAAGCCAGAUACAGAACGUAGUGUAGAUUUUGAAGACACUACCGUGAACGAGGAGGAACAAUCUACGGAUUAUUACGCUGAUGAGUUACCAACGACAGUGCCGGUUCAGCCUUCGACGACGACGCCGACAACUACGACAUCGACGACGACCACGACAACAGAAGAACCAACGACUGUACCUCCCACAGAGGUUCCAGUCUCAUCUUCUACGCAGGUUGUUCACAAGUACACGCUCCCGGCAGAAUUCGCUUUCAUUGAACCAUCCGAUGAGCCGACAACGACUACGUUAGCUCCUACAACAAUGCCACCAACUACCACGACUUCGACUACAACUACCACCACUACAACAACUACCACUCCAGAGCCUCCAACGGCUUCACCCGAGACGGGUGUACGACCGCUGGUCAUUCCCAGCGUAGAGGCCAAGAAGAAAUACACGAAACGUCCCAAGACGACCGUGUACCGACCACAACUGGACUUUAUCUACACGAACGAAAACUCUAGCGAAGAUGAACCGGCUGUCGCAGUCGAACAGGUAACUGAACCUCUUCCCAGCACUUCCACCCAGAGAGUACAAAGCACUAGUAGAAAGUACGUCCCCUCGGUAGCACUGCGAUCUGGUGAUGGUUUGUCGUCCUUCCGAAAGUCCAAGGAUAUCCAGGUAGCCCCGUUGCCGAAGGCAGCCGCGUCCAGGGCCACAACUGCCAAGCCAAAGUUCACAACGACAACUGCAACUCCUAGAACAACGACGACCACCACAACAACAACUACCACAACCACAACCGAGGCGCCGGUGACCAAGGUGGACUUCAACAUCAAGUACGUUCUGCCGGUCUUCAAGCCGGAUCUCGUCAGCGAGCUCAAGAUCGAGAGCAAGAACGACAAAUACAGCGUACCGCUGUCUUCGCUCUACCAUCCGGACUUUAUCACGAAAUCCGUCUCCGGCGAGCAGCGACAGGAGCGCCAGUACUCGCCCGUCUAUCGACCGGAACUAGACAACGACGAGCUAACGCGAGCGCUCACGAGCGAUCCCGAUCCGGUCGCCCUGGAGGCAGCCAGCCUGGAUCGGGAGAUUCUCGGCGACCGGAGCACCAACGAUAGCGAGAGCGAAGAGCGCCUUGAAGUCCGCAGCAUACCGUCGUAUUUCUACCGGCGAGCUGGGGAGGUUCGUCCUCAGUUCCGUCCGUCUCUGCGACGCCCCAUCGCAGGAGGCCCCAACACGGCGACGACAACGAGCGCGACCCCAACUUCAGCGACGACCGCACGCAACAAGAGCACCCGAGGAUCUGAGAGCGGCGAAGCUUCCACGACCGACUCGAGCCUCCUCCAGCAGCAAGCGACGACGACGGCAGCCUCCACCUCGCUAUUGUCACGCCGUAGAAGGCCAACAACAUACCUGAGCAAGCUGAACAGCGCCAACCGUCAGCGGCCGGCCGUCCUCAGCCCAGGUGGCGGUGGGCCUGCAGUAGGGGAGGAAGCGGGUGAUCAAGCUGCUGCUGAUCAGCCGAAAUCGACGCGGCCCAAACUGACGGCCGGAGGAGUGCGUCGGAAAUUUGGACCCACCAGAACAACCGGUUCGGAGGGUGGUGCUGGUGGUGGCGAGAGGGGUACGACCACUACCAAGUCGCCGGAUCUGGAAACCACAACUCGCAGCAGCUUGUUCAAGCGCCGUCCUGGAUUCCCGCCAGCCAACCGUAUUACCACUCCGGCUACGCCAGUGACAACCUUCGCGUCUCCAUCCAGCAAGUUCUUCAAGAACCGCGCGAAACCUUCCACCGCUACCGAAUCACCAGCAGCCACCUUAGACGACCAAAGUCCAGCGCCACUGGAUAGCGACGUCGAUCAGGAAAUCGAACCCAGCAUCCGACAGAACAGCAAACUGGUGAACAAGAAUCGCUACAACCAGAUCGGCGAAGGCGAUCGCGACGGUAGCUUGGAAGACGACCUGGUCGGUGCGAUCACCACGAUCUCUCGGGCACCACUGCCCUCGACCACCAGCCGUAACUUCCUGUUCCCGGACGAGAGCCCCGUGGAAAAGUCCCAAAAAAUGCAGGCCAUGAAGGUGCUGAACAUUGGAGAACUGCCGGCCAGCCAUCAGCGAGCUUCCACGCACAAGUACAACAUCACGCACGACUACACACUGCAGAGCUUCUCGGAACCGUACAGCACGACACGGCGAUCACAGAAAUUGAUCCAGCGACCGCGGAUCUCCACUCAGUCGCAGUUCUACUACCAGCAGACCACUCCCAGCUUGUUCUACAGUAGUUCACCGGUGACGAGCAGCCCACGCAAGGACACCCCGCGGAAGCGCAAGCCCAGCUCGUACGAGAAGUCGUCCUACUCGUCGACGAACCACCGCAAGCAGAAGGAUGACUUCGGGGGUCGGACGUACCGGCCAGCGGUGGAUUACGACUACUACGACGAGGGCGAGCAGCGGAUCAUUGGCAAGACCAGCUCCCAGGUCAAGGUGAUCAUGCACGGGCCGGGCAUCAUCGAGUGUCUCGAUCAGGGCAACUUCCCGCAUCCGCUGUCGUGCAAGAAGUUCAUCUCUUGCGCAAAGAUGGAGAUUGGCGGCGUCGUCGGCUGGGAGUACACCUGUCCGAAGGGUCUGAGCUACGAUCCGGUCGGCGGGAUCUGCAACUGGUCCGCCGGGUUGGGCUGUAAAGACUAGGUGUGCUGUGGGGGGGAUUGGACUGAAAGCUAAGCUUUUCCGAGGGAUACGGAGGAAGAAUCUUUUUAUUGUACAGUUCUCGAACCUUUUUUCCAUGACUCUCUGAACGAAAAGGCACUUGUUACAUUAGCCGAAUCACACUGCUAUUGUUUCGUCUUACCCCAGAGGACUACGAUUUGUGAACGUCUUGUCCGAUUCAGGGGAAAGCAUUAUUUUAAUUUAAACACUGCCAUGGAAUCAGAUUUUGACAAUAAUAGCGAUGUGCAACCAUGGAUUAAAGGAUAAGACCUGAUAAGACGUUGAAAGGACAAAAGGUCAUGACCUGUCAACUCCUCUUGUUCAGUUGUGGUUUUUAUUUCGCUCAUUUGUCUUGUCUUAUCGCACAUUCCCGACCGUGAACCAAUUUUUAUUUCAGCGUCCUUUGCUUGCUUCUGUUUAGGCAUAGCGAUCCCUUUUAUUAUUAUUAAUAUUUAAGAAACUUUUCUCCCUUUCACAUGUCUUACUAUAUUCAAAUUAGUCCCUAAGAAACGACAUCCGGACGACCACGAACCCGGAUGAACUCUAGUAUACAGUGUACGUUAGAUUAUUAGACCUAAAUUGAGGAUAGUUUGAGUCGAGAAUAACCGGGUGUGUGCUCCGCUUUGUUUUGUAGUUCCAAAAUCAUAUUCAAUCUUGUAAAUCUUCUGAAGAAUACUCAAAAUCAAAUAUGUUUCGAAAAAAAAAAUCUAUUUGAAAAACCUGAUUUAGGUCAACCUUCACAAAUUAUGUUUUAAAUUUAAAUUAAACCAUUGCUACCGAAAAGCGGCAAACACCCCGAGAAACGAUAUCAUGACCAAGAACCAUUUCAUCCCGUUAGAUUUUUAUGAUAUGUAGUAAGUGAAUUUAGAGACUUGUUACUCCAGCAACGAGGAGAGCAAGAAAGAGAACAUUGACAAACAUAACAAAAAAAGUCUGUGACGUUGUGAAUUACCGCAGCUCUCUUUAUAGAUUCAUGCACAGUUAUGGGACCUGUGCGUGCGUGAAUUGUCCAAACAAUAAGCAUUUGUGAAUAAUUUCGUCCCAGACAAUGAUUACGAUGAAGAUGAUGAUGAUACAAAUAAAAAUGUUUUGGAAAGAAAUAAUAA